AUGCGCUUCGUCCUGGUGGUCCUACUCGGCCUUCUUCUAUCAGUUCGUAGUGACGUCUCUGCACACCAUGUCGACGCCGCGAUACCAGAUUCCUCCCAAAUCUCGAAUCUGAUCUUUCCCGCUCACGUCGCGAGGCCCGGGGGCGAAAACUCUACAGUAAUUAGCCACAAAAGGCGCUGGAAUGGUCCACCACCCGCACCUGCCGCUGAUGAUGUCUGGGAGAAGAUGAAGUGCAAGGGACGCAAGUUCAUGGCGCAAAUGUCCUAUUCUGACUUUGAUGCUGGUCAAAUGCUCCCAGUGCCGCAGAAUACAGCUCAAAGCCCAUGGUACCUUGGUGAGUUCCAACGCUGUACAACAAUGUCUGCUUUGCUGACACAUUCAGCGCAUCUCUAUUCGUGGGCGUACGUUAUCUCCAGCGUUGGAGAAGUAUACCGCAGUCUCGGCCCCGGCGGAUACUGGGGCGUUUCCGAUUUUUUCAGACACAUUAGCAUCUCGGACAAGUGUGUGGAGGAAGGUGGCAAAUGGAUAGCGGCCGUGAUCACGCACUAUCAGCAAGGCACCCUCGUGGAUGGUCAGAGGUACACUUCGCCAAACGGAGAAGUCAAGAGGAUCAAGGCUUCUGGGGCGUAUUUCUACAUGGCCGUAAACCCUCAAGGAGGCAUAAUCGUACAGAACACGCUCGGUCCUCGAGAAGCUGCAAACAAGGUCUACCCAGGCAACUACCCUGACACCGAGUUACCAGCUUUACAGAAGCUGUCGGAUAUGAUGUGGAUGAUGUGGGAGUACUACGUCCCUGCUGCCCAGCGUACCAAUCUCGACUUCGUCAUGUCUCUGAGCAUCAGCAAUCCCACGAGCCUAAGCAUCAUACGACGCGCGUUUGAUUCGCAGGGUCAGGUACUUACUGCGACCCCCUAUAAGUUCGACCCCAAUUCUGAUGGAGGGCUUGCACUGCUUGGCUCACCAAACGGCGCACGUGUAGCGCACUUCCUCAUACAACGCAAACCCCAAGUCGGACUGAAGACCGUCAUCGGCAUUUAUGGUUUUGAAAGCCAGGCAAAAUCCCGCGCGCCUUGCCUCAUGUUCAAGCUGGGUAAUCUGGCUGCUGCUACGCCACGUCCUCCGGUCCAGAGAUCGGAAUUAGGUCCAUCAUCAGGUGCAGAGCAGAACAUGCCAGUUGAAGAAACGUCGGUAAAGCGGGUCUUGGAGCAGAGGAACUUUGUCAGGACGCACAUAUUUCGUCUAAUUUUCUUGCACGUCGAUAUGCAUGCUGUCAACAGCAUCGCAGUUGAAAGAGCGCAAACAGCUUGGGCCUCAAACGGAGGCUUCUACUCAAAGCGUGCCAGUACUAGCCCGCCCGCCCGCCCGCCAGUCCUUAUUGUGUCCACUGGAGUAGCCGUCCUCUACUAUCGUGCGCUUCAACUUGCCACCUUGACACUCCAAGAGGUUGCAGUACAUGCGCUCCUCACCACGAAGAACUCAACGGACUCAACUCUUGGAAAGUCGUCAACUUCUCAUGGCCUCCCCAAGCCAAACGCCGCCUGGUUCAAACAGCCCCCACCAGUCGCUGACGAGGCGACGUGGAGUAGAGCUGUAUGUAAAGGAACCAAGAUGAUGGCGCAAAUGUCGUACUCAGACUACGACGUUGGACAGCUACUCGCGGAACCGAAAGACUCCGUCCAAAGCCCAUGGUCACUAGAGGCUCACUUCUUCAUGUCCGUCCUGGCCGGAGCCGGCAUCAUAGCCCAGGAUCGUCAGAGUCCAUGGGAGUCACUCAAGAAGCUUCAUCCAACAGACGCCGAUCCUGACGAGUUACCCAUGUUGCAGCGAUCCUCGGACAUGAUGUGGAUCAUGUGGGAGAACACAGUCGAAUUCAGCAGACGUCACGAGCUCAAGUUGUUUCUCUCGCUGUCGAUCAAAAACCCCGAGACACAGGCUCUCAUCCAACAUGCCCUCAGUGACGUGGGUAAAGAGCUUACCGUGGAACCUGUGGAGUUCAAGACAACGACGCCGCAAGGCAGCGCCAACGGCUCAGGCUUUGCCCAUUUCCUCAUCCAGCGCAAGCUACAGGUCGGUCUCAAGAGCAUUGAUCGCGUCUUGGUCUUUCAGGGUGAAAGCAAGUCGAAGGCUCCGUGCUUGAUGUUCGGCGUGGUGAACCUCAGCGCUCCUACACCUCGACCUAGGGACGAUACAACAAAGGAUCCAGCAGCUGGACCAGGCAGCGACCCGAAUGAUACAGAAAUGACCGAAGAGCCGGACGACCCGGAUCUUUUGCCAGAGGGUGGAAACGUUGGGGCUUGGUCACUUCAGAAGCGCAGCUUUGUUCGGGUGCACACAUUCAGGUUGAAUGACACGGUCAUACGCGCCUCAACUAUGGUUUCUCCUAUCGUAAUUAUCCUCGUCGCGUGUAUCACCCUCGUGGUCGGCGAUGCGGGCCAUGCGCGCCAUGAGAAGCUACUCGAGAAAAUCGCGAAUUUCCCAGACUCGAGCUUCCGAGAGCAAUUGCAGACGCUACAUUCCUCAGUCCAUCAUUUCUCUGGGCCACAGAUUGGCGGAACUGCAACAGAACUUCCCGAACCAGCAACCGACGCGAUGUGGAACACUGCCGUGUGCAAAGGCCGCAAGAUGAUUGCGCAGAUGUCUUACUCCGAUUACGACGUCGCACAGCUGCUUCCAAAUCCCAAGGAUACGGUCCAGAGUCCGUGGGGAUACGGUUCCAGGCCCGGCAAAUUGGCUAACACCGGCGUUGCAGCUGAUUUGAAGAAGUGGGGCUACAACAUGUUCUACUCGCCCCCAGAUUACCGCGAUUACUCUGCCGGUAAAUACUGGGGCAUUUCUACUGUCCUCAAAGGCAUGAAGUACACGGACGUGUGUGGUAGAAAGCCUGGCGAGUGGAAAGCUCUCUCCAUUCAACAUAUGGAUGGAAGUACAAAGCCACUGAAAGAACAAAUUUACACAGACCCUAGUGGUAAAGCGACCGCCGCAUACUUCUACAUGUCAGUAUUGGAAGGAGCUGGAAUCAUGGCUCAGAAUCGACAUGGCCCGUGGGAUGCUCUGCAAGCGCUUCAUCCCUUGGACUACGCAGCCGAAGAGGUGCCUGAACUGCAAAGAUCUUCCGACAUGAUGUGGGCAAUGUGGGAGUACGCCGUACCAUCUGAUCAGCGACAAAAUUUGGAAAUGUUCUCGACACUAGCGAUCGGAAACCAGAAGACUUUGGCCUUGAUUAGCCGCGCUUUGAAGAGUCUGGGGAAAGAGUUGUCACGGGCACCUACCGUGAUUGAGAUGAACACCGAAGAAGGAAAGGCGCUUCUAAGUAAGUACCGACACGAGCGGCACGCAUGUGUCUGA